GUCUUUCCUUUGACACCCUAAACUGCCCUUUUUCAUCAAGAAAACGGAACCUCUCUGAUCCAGUCCAACAAGUAACAACAAUACCAACAUUGGCACGGCCCACGACCCUUUUUAUAUCCCAUCUAUUUUAAUGAAUCAUUUUCAAAGCUCCCAUUUCCUUGGGUUCAAAUAGGCCGAAGAUCAAGCAUACGGUGCUCGUCCAUUACCAAUGGUACUCCCCCUAUUGAAGCUUGGGACGCUGGUCUUGAAGACUCUCAGCAAACCCGUGGCUAGCAGACUUAAGCAACAGGCUGCGUUUCAUCCGAAGUUCCGCCAGUUUAUCGUCGACAUCGCCCAGGCAAACCAUCGAUUCUCAACUCAAAUGCAAAGACGCAUAUAUGGUCAUGCAACCGAUGUUGAGAUUCGCCCUUUGAAUGAAGAGAAAGCUGUUCAAGCUGCUGUAGACCUCAUUGGGGAGCUCUUUGUCUUCUCGGUUGCAGGAGUUGCUGUGAUCUUUGAGGUGCAAAGGAGUGCUAGAUCAGAAGCCAGAAAGGAGGAAUUACGCAAACAAGAAUUUGAGGCAAUGAGGCAAAGAGAUGACGACUUGGCAAAAGAGGUGGACCUUCUCAAGCAAAAACUUGAGGAACUGGAGCAGCUCGCCAAGGGACGAGGACUUAGAGGUAUUUUCGACAUCAGACAUAAGAAUACAGAAGCUGUAAAGGUAGCCAAGCCAGCUUAAUCUGAACACACGUUUCUUCAAAUAAAUCAAGUUUUGCAACACAAAUUCUAAUUCAUCAAAUAGUCUCCCUCAAGUAAGAGGCAGACCUUUUUUCACCAUUCUUUAGACCCCCAAUCAUCUUUUGAGAUCGAAUUAUGGCUUCACCUAUGACCUAUCUUAAUUGUAAAUGAAUACUAUCGAAAAUUGGAAAUAGGGGUCCUGUUUUCAUUGCUGGAAAAUAAAAUGAAGUUGAGUUAUGCAGAGGCUGUUGAUUGAGACAAGUGAUAUGUCAUAGCAAUCAGACAAGAUUUUCUAUAAUUCGACCAGCUGCCAGCCUUGGUCAAUUUAUAAAUGCCAUCACUUUUCCCCUUGAAAACUA